UUUCGAACCGAGGGCAGCUUUUAUUUUGUAGAAAAUAGAACCGGAACCGGCAAGCCUUAUUACCGCCAGCACGAGAGCUUCCAGCGAACACGCACAGUUCCUUGGCCAAUAUGGCGGCGACUUGACGACGGCAGCGGGAUGAAGAGGGUGAGGGCUUGAAAAAGCAAAGAGGUCCGUCACAGGCUGUGGGCCUAUCCGUCGACACCGAGCCCAGACCAUGUUGGAAGACGACAGCUGCUGCAGCGUAGCGCGACCGAGGUGUCGGUGAGUGUGUGGAUAACUAUAGACGCGUUCGCGAGGCCCCGCAAGAGGGAGAGGAGGAGCGGAGCGGUGUGCGGCUCGUCUCGUCUCGGCUCGGCGCGGGGCUAGCACAGCGGCGGCUUCCCCCGGUCGGUCAGCCAUGGAGGAUUCGGCCCGGGCUUGCCAGCGUCUAAUUUGCUACCCGGCCCACGCUCAGUCGGAUGGGAAUUAGCCGCGGAGGCCAAGGCCAGCCGGGACAAGCCACCAGCCGACACCUGAAGGGGGAGGAACGCGAAGCGGACCCCACGUCAAUGACUGCUGCGGCAGAGGAGCCGCCACGGUGGAGUCGGCCGGUUCCCAAAAUAUGACCAGGGGUGCUGGGACGUGUUGGCACCAAGAUGACGACGAUGGCGGCUUCCAAAUCUGGCUAGAACCCCCACGCGACAACCAAAAGCCAUUCACCGACUCCGAGAGGGCGCAGAGAUGGCGACUGUCCUUGGCAUCCCUCUUGUUUCUCACCAUCCUCCUCUCUGAUCACCUGUGGUUCUGCGCCGAGGCCAAACUGGCCAGGACCCGGGACAAGUUGGGAUCCUCCCGCCUCCUCUACCCCCGGACCCAUUCAGCACAUAGCAGCCUCAGAGAAAACCCACUCGCUAUUUUUGUAGGAAACUCGAGCAAACAUUUGUGGCGGCUGGAAACUUGCCACACGGACACUUUGUCAAACACCUGCUUGACUUUCGCCGACGCCGACCAUUUGUGCAGGGGCCUCUCCGGUAAGGAGGGCACGCCGGCGGUCAACAUGAGCGAUUUGUACCUCUCCUUUUGUAACUCCUACUCGCUGCUGGAUUUGUUCGGCGGCUCGACCAGUCCGGACAAUUUGAACUGCAGCCUGGACGUGCUCGGCGACGUCGACGCGACCCGAUGCAGCCUGUGCGUGCAGGCGUACCAGCGCUACGACCAGCACGCCCAGGAGAAGUACGACGACUUUGAGCUCCUCACGAGGAAAUACGAGCCGACCGAGUAUUCUGUACGGACGUGCAUGGAGCAGUGCAAGACGGCCUACAAGCCGUGGCUGUGUGCUCAGUAUUUCCCCACCAUGCGGCAGUCGUGUCAAAGAAAGGUAUCGUGCCACCAGUACUGCUUGGAGGUCCAGCAGAGCUGCCCGUUCAUCCUGCCGGACAACGACGACUUGAUCCACGGCGGCAGCCCCAGUUUCAUCUGCACGGGACUCUCGAGAGAGCAUCCAUCAGAGAGCAAGGCGGAGUGCUGCGACGUCCGAUGGGACUCCAACAUGGACGGCCCCUCGGGCGAGACGCUAAAAAGGACUGCCUCCUCCUGCCGGCCCAAGGGGGCCUCGGUCACCUCCACCGCAACCCCGAGACUGUGCAGCGGGCGGCUGAAGAUCUGCUUGCUGGCGCUCGUCCUCCUGCACACCGUCAUCAUCAUCUCGGCCUCCCAUAACUCCACUUUGGCGGGCGCGGCCGUCACCUUGUCACCGGAGAAGAGCGAGGAUUGAAUAUCGGCAUUGGCCGAGGCUUAAGGGGUUUAUUGCUUUUGCAAAUGUCACGGUCGGGGAUAUGGCCGGGAUCACCCCCCCCCCCAAAAAAAAAAAACAAAAAACAAAAACACCCAGCACAGGAUGCGGGAGGGCUUUUAUUGAAGCUCGGAGUGGACUGGACCGCCCACUUAAAGAAGUGACCUCUUACCACUUAAAACCUGCUCAUUGUUUCUAUUCCAGCCAUAUGUUUCGGAGCAUCUUGUGCCUCCACCUCUCCUCUCCUUCUGUUUGUUUGUUUUUUUUUUGUUUUUUUUUUUUUUUUUGCUGUGUUUCUGUGUCUGGAUUGCACGUCGAAAUGGACAGCGAUAUGAGGGUGCGCGCCCCUGCUUGUCUCUACAUUCCAUUUUUUGAUCCUUUUGAUGAAUCCGCCCUGUUUCCUUUUCCUCUUCCUUUCGACCUUCCAAUAACUCAUCCCUCACUCGCGUGGUCCUUUCAAAGAAUUCAGCUCGUCGAUAUUUUCUCAACUCUUCCCCUCCCUACAUGCCUCAACAGUUUGGCCCCUCAAGUGCACUCAGAUUUAAGAUAACGGCGCCAGGCAGUGCGCGCCCCGGCGGUGUUAAAUUUACCUCACGGAUGGCAGUGGUGGCACUCAAGUGACAAAAGCGCUUCAUGAACUUGUCAUCCGUCGACAUUGUCGGAAUGAAAAAAAAAGGGGGGGGGGGAAGCUGAAAACUGGAAAGUGGUUGAAACCAAAACCCCGGGGCCUCAUUUAUCAACAAGGCAUACACACCAAGUAUUUGUUGAGCCAUUUACAUCACACACAAAAUCAAUCCUUAUUCACGUGUGUGGGUUUAUAAUUCUCGCUCUACUUGCUACUGCGCAUUGCUCUUAUUUUGCCUCCUUUGCACUUUUACACGAGCAGUAUUUACAAUCAUGUAUUUGAACAAGGUAUAAUAAAGAGCUUAACAGCUGAGAACCUUUCCCGUCAUUUAAGCGUAAUCUCAAAUCAUCUUUGCCCACAAAAUCGUAACAUUUUACAGCCAUCUCAAACUGCUUAGGUUAAACCUUUUCCCUUAAACAAAAAAAAUGUUUUUCUCCCAAUGGCAGUCUGUUACAUUUCAAACAAAUACAAAAAUACAGUUGUGCCUUGCAAUGCGAAUGACCCAAUUUAUUUUUCCAGAUAUCGGCCGUUGUGUGGAUGAUUUUUUUUCUUUUAAUUAUGACUUGCCUGCAAAAAAAAAAAAAAAAAAAUGGCGAUACUAGUGCUGGAUGGCGGCAGUGAAGUCAACUCAGCUCACUUCACAACAAGUAGCAGUUUGGCAGACAAUCAACAAUUGUUCUUCGUCGUCUUCAAGCUGUUUAUUGCCACUCACUUAAGGUUUACUGUCAAACUAAACAUAAAACAAAGAGAAUUACUUGUACAUUUAAAGCAACCGCAUCACUUUGCCUUUAAGUCCACGAUGUUUGCGUUAAAUGCAUCGAGGGAAAUGUCAUAGACGGACUAACGAAUGGUAUCGAAGUGGCAGGGUUUUAACGACUUAAGGAACGGCGAUUUGAACACAAAUGGUGCAGCAACACAUCUAGGCAAACUCACAGGGGCUUGCCAAAGGAUUCGGCCCCCUUGAAGUUUUUGACCUUUUGCCAACAUUUUAGGCAGCAAACAUAUCGAUGUAAAAUUGGAAUUUGUUGUGAAAAAUCAACACCAAGUGGGACACCAUUGUGAAGCGGUGCAAAAUUCAUAUUAUUCUGCCCCUUCAAUGUCAGUGCAGACAACUCACUCCAGAAGUACACUGAGGAUUUCGGAAUGAUCCGGUGUUGGGGGGAAUUAAAAUUUUAUAUCUUCCUCUUUGAAGCCCGAAAUGUGACAAAAGAAUGAAAAGUUCAAGGAGGCCUUUACUUUAGCAAGACAAUGUAUUCUUUAUCCUCUGCGAAACACGGACUGUUAUUACAGAUCAAUUUCUUUGUCCCGGAGGCUCCAAAAUGCAGUCGUGCAGACUGCAUUUUACUGCCCCCCGGUGGCCAUAUUGCACACACCGGCCGUAACCGCAAAGAAUGAAUCGUGACGCACCCUGUUUAUUCUUUCCCUUCUCUUUAAUGAGGUGAUCACGAUAUCCUUUUAUAAAGCGGCACGGUCACGGAUUCGGAUCGUAUCGGAAGGCAGCACCGAACUCAAUUGAGGUGACCAAUAUUCUUGAACCUUCAGAAAAAAAAUCAGAUGGCGGCUGAUUUCUGGUCAUGCCAUGAAUGUUUCUGUUCACCCCGACAUGAAACAUUUUCGAAUCUCCGCGUCCCCCCUUCCAAACCUUUUUGUUCUUCUCCACUCAGGUUGAUGAUUGAGACCCCGCGUAUUGAGUGCCUCUUUGCUGUACACCCGAGUCGAGCCAGCACUGGCAAUGGAGCAAUCUGAUAUUGAUUUCCGAACGAUUCCGAGAAAGGUGCGUCUUUUGCGACCUUUAUGCCACCCUUAACAAACUGAUGACCCGGGCAAGCAAAGGGCUCCAUUCGCAUCGGCAUGUGAGGAGAAUUCAAGGGCUAGACCCAUCCCACCCGUGCUUCUGAGUGUGUGCGCUUGUGUGUUUUUUAUUCUUAUUUUGGCUUGUGGACAUCUGAUGUGUGUUAUAAGUGCACAAUGGAGACCGAGUUUGGAAUCAUGACAUCAUCAGUUCGCAUCCUUUGAAGUGAGAAGCGCUGUCAGAUUAGGCUGGCGAAGGACUGACCCGACCGCAAUUUGCUAACGUCAACAAUAUGGUGAUGUGAAAGGAGUUGGAGGGCUACGCUGAAAAGAAGGAAGGGAAAUAUAAGAGUAAAGUUUGAGACAGAUGUCAAUUUCCGGUCCUGUAGGUGCAGCUCUCUCUGCUGGAUCUGGUCGCAAAUUGGCUUUUAACUCGCAAAUGUUUCUUCCAUCUGCACCGUACAUUUUGGAGAUGCACCAAAACUGUGAUCUUGCCCCUCCCUCCAAAAAACUUUGAUUAUCGAUUGUGUAGUUUUGUUUCAAUCCCGCUCACCAACAGAGAGCAACCACCCUGUCCCCCCCCCCCCCCAAAAAAAACCCCAAAAACCUUGUUUUAUGAGACGAAUAGAGUUAUCCUUCAAGGAGACAAAUCACAAUGUCACAAAAAAAAACAAGGCGGAGGUUUUAUUCCCGAGAAAUGUAUUCAUUUCAUACCAUUGUAAACCACUGUAGCAUUUUUCACAGUUUUAUACUCUUGUUUCAAAAUUGGGAGAAUUAAAAAAAAAAAAACAACUGUACUUGAAUAAGGACGAAUGCACACUCUACUUAAAAGUUAAAUACAACCGAACUGAAUUCAACGAAAAGUACUGCACUGGACUAAAUAAAAUAAAAUGAAAUAAGGCAAUGAGAUUAUGCACAGAUAAGAUUUAAUUCAGUACGCUGAGGGGAAGCCCACGUUCUAAAUUUGGAGAAACAUCGAUCGAGAUUACACUGAUUGACUGUUUCCUUAUUUUACGACAUCUCUCGGUCAGUUUUUUAUUUUUUUUUUUUGCUUUUUAUUGUGACCCCCAAAACUUUCUUACGCAAAUUCAUAUCUGCACAGAAUGGAAACAGAAUCGUCUUGCAACACGAUUGCCAUUUUCUUCCUUUCCUUUUGGUUUUAAGAUGCAACCAGCCGACUCCCGCGCGACAUCUUUGCUCAUUCAAUUCAUCUCCCAAAAACAAUGAUCAUCAUGUCUAUCAAAUCCAUUCAUUGACUUUUACUCUCCUGACCCUUGCACCCCCGCCGUUGUCUGAACCACCAACCCUUCCUGUCCCCUUUGCCUGAAUAUUAAGAAAAUUCCCUGGAAGACAGCAUAUUCGUUCCCCUGAUCUCGACCUGUUCGCAUUGCGUGCAUCUAUGCGGACGAUGCUUUCUGUUGUAAAUAUGCCCCCCCACCCCACCCCCCCUGCAAAAAUGGCCUCCCGUUACCUUCUGAAGAUUCACAGGUUGCCCUCCUCAAACCCUCUGUUUGAAUCUCACUGUGAUUUCUGUUUGCCUCCUCCGUUUUCGUCUGCUUUCGGAGAUUGUUCUUGCCGCAUUUUUACGUUGCCUACUGCAGUGGUGUGACUUGAUGAGUAGGACUAAGUUGGAUGUUUAAAAAGAUGCGAUGCAGAGGUCGUGGGGGGAAAAAAA